GGGGCUUGCUUAACUUUUCACUUUGGACAAUCUUUAUGUAAGGCUGCAAGAGUUAGUUGUUCCUUGUUGAGCCUCGCAAGAAAUUGACUGCCAGCUCUCGAUCUAUUCCACAUUUCCACCCUUUAAGUAAAGCCCCUUCACUUGCCAAAGCUGGCAAUUCAGAAGGCUAGCCAUUCCUUAGAAUGGUUGCAGCAUUACUCUGAGAUCAGGUAUCAAGCACAAGGUUGAUAGCUUUGUUCCUUCCAUUCCAUAAAUGUAUUCCUGGGAGGAACUGCCUAGGCGUCUAGCUAUCCUCACUUGGCAACACGAUGGAAAUCAUAUGACUAAUCAUUGUUUCCUGGCAGAUGUAUUCCCCUCCCUGCACUGCUCCUGGAAACAACGGUGAGCAGAGCUUCGUGGCCGGAGCUAACCCGCUUGCUUUGCUAGACCAUGCCAUGGAUUUCGAUGAGCACACCCUUUAUCCUAUGCACAAUGUAGGGAUGCAAGAUGGGGUUCAGUUCUAUAAUCCUACCACUGGUAUUUUUCUCCCCAGUUCUCCUUUAUUGACGAAUAAUAACUGUCUGUUCAUCUCUCAAGUUUCUUUCUUACUACUGACAUUUACAUGUUUCCAACUCUCCCCAGGUGCCGAGCUAAGUAGAAAUAUGAGCAUGGAGAAAGGUUUGAAGGGCGGUAAAAGGAAGGGCUCGGGUGAGGGCAGUUCGUCAAUGCAUUCACAGGAGGAAACUGGUGCGACCUCUCAGAGAGAAGUCAACAUGGAUCGUGCUAGCGAGAAAGCAGGUGAUGCUGACAGCAACAGAGAGGACUACGUGCAUAUCAGGGCGAAACGCGGCCAGGCGACCAAUAACCACAGCCUUGCAGAAAGGUUUCGGAGGGAAAAGAUCAAUGAGAGGAUGAAGCAUCUCCAGGACCUCGUCCCAGGCUGCAACAAGCAGAUAACAGGCAAGGCCAUGAUGCUUGACGAGAUCAUAAACUAUGUGCAGUCUCUGCAGCGGCAGGUCGAGUUCCUCUCGAUGAAGCUCUCGGCAGUCAGCCCCGAGCUGAACUGUGAUCUCGACCUCCAGGAUAUCCUAUGCCCGCAAGACGCUCGCUCCGCGUUUCCGGGAUACGGCCCGCGACUGAGCAAUGUUCAUCCUAGUAUGUACAGGGCAGCACCGCCAGGCCUCUCACGGCCGGAACUAUAUGGGAAUGGGAUGAUCCCAAACCCAGCAAACGUUCAUAUGGCGAGAACGGCUCAGCUGUCUGCGUUCCCCCAGAGAGGUGUCCUCUGGGAGGAGGAACUUCGCAACAUUGGCCCGGUUGCCUUCCCGUCAGACGCCUGCACCAGUAGCUUAGAGAAUUCCGACUCAAUGAAACUGGAGUAGCUAGCCAGCAGCUGACGGUUUACAACGUGCCCUGUUGCGUAGAUCUCCUCUGGCUUAGCGAGUUUAACAGCUGUCGUUGAGGAAUGAACUCUGAAGAAUGUGUGUGCGUGCGUGUGACUUUUGUACAGUUUGACUAAGCAAACGGAUGAAGAGUUUGUGGUUCUGUGUAAUGUGCACUAUUUCUGCCUGGAAUUAGUGGUAUAAUAACUGCGUUUGACGAGUUGAUCUA